AUGUUAUGACGUCACACGCGUGAGAGCGUAGUGGAUUCAUUGAAGCAGAAAAAAACUGCAUCCUACAAAUACGAAACAAUACCAAUAAGUUCUCGUUUCCUGAAUUCAUUUUGGAUAAUAACAUUUGAACACGAGGGUCCUGUAAUUUUUGGCGUGCGCCCGUGUAUUUGGGUCCUGGAUGAAUAAUGGAGUCCAGAGCGCAAGGCGUUCUACCAUCGACCGAAAUCAUCCCCCUGGCUUUGCCCAAAGGAACCGAAAAGUUGUGUGAACUGUGUCAAAAAAGAGCUUACUUGCAAUGCGGCAGGUGUCGAGUCACCUAUUACUGCGAUGCAGACCACCAGCAAUCUGACUGGAUAGGUAUCCACAAGAGGAUUUGUCAGUUGCUCAUUCCCAUUCGCACCCCAUCGCUUUUUAGUAUGCAACGAGCCGGCCGCAUUGAAAAUCUACUCAAAACGAAAGAGCUGAUAGAGAUUUGCCGGUUGGUGGCAGAGAGCAAGCUCUCUGAGGGGAAGCACCAAGAGGCUGUGCCUGCCGCCCAGGCCUGCCUGCGCUGUUCAACUGACGUGUAUGGACCCAACACAGUCCAGCUGGUGCCGGCUUACCUGCUGCUGGCUGAUGCUAAUAUGGGCAUGAAUAAUCUGGCCCUGGUGGCGGAGCUGCUGUCCCAGGCGGAGUGGGCGGUUUUGAAGAGCCCCGAAUGUGGCUAUGCGGUUCACCACCGACUGCACAGGAGCAUGGGCUGCCUCCACACGGCUACGGGUCACUUUGAGGCAGCUCUUUUUCACUUUGCCAACGACGUGCGUGUCGUCACGAGUAAACUCUGUCGAUGCGUACUUUCAACAUUUUCACAUGAGGCUUUCUGUCGAAUAUAUUUUCAGGUAUAUUUUGCUAGUGAGGAGUACGGUCUGGAUAGCACUGUGAUAUGUGGAGCUUACUUCCUCAUGGCUGCUGUGUUUGUCAAACUGGGGGAACCGGCUAUUGUUCAUUCCUUGUACACAGAGGUGGCAGAAACCUGGCACUCCCACCUGGCCAAACUCCUGCAGAGUCACAUCCAAAAUAUGCAGAAGAACCCUGACAUGCUGGAGCCCUCCUUUGAUGAAGGUCAGAAAGUGGAAGUGGACAAGAUGCUCAGGUCCAUUUUAGCCUUUGAGCAGGACGAAACCCGAAAGGAACCCGGUAUUGAGGCUCUGGUGGCCCACGCCCUGGCCAUGCUCUCCUUCCUGGGUGGGGAUACAGUCAAGGCACUGGAAUUUGGACAAAUGGCACUGGAAGCGAGCCAGCUGAUUCAGAACCAUGACCUGACAGAGCCCAUCCGGGCCCUGCUGCAGCUGCUGGGUAAAGACCCGCAGCUGACUUCCGUCUAACCUCCACACAAGGGGUGAGCAAAAGAUGGCCCGAGGGUCACAAAUGAUCCACUCUGUUCUUUAAUCCGGCCCAAUAAGAACUGAUAUUGUCAAGAGUCCCGAUAUAUUUGUUCAAUGUCUGGUUUGGUGUUUUACCUCCCCAAACUAGUUCAUUAAUGUUUACCGUUUAUUUUCACACAUAGUACAAUAUGUCUCUUAAAAUAAAUGUUUCCUUCUUUUUAUACCAUUUGAAUGCUCUGUGCUAACUAGUGUGCGUAAUAAGUGGUUGCAUGAAUGAUUAAAUUUUUUACAUGGUUUUAUUGUCUACAUAAAGUUAUUUUAUAAAGAGUCAUCUGUAUUGUAUUUGUGUUGAUCGUCUUUGGCAUUUUGCAUGUGUCCUUGAAAUUGUUGCCCACCCUAUCAUUAUGAGGUAACCAUCCCUUUUUAGGACCAUCAUUGUCUUUCCUCACUGUUCGUUCAACAUACAUAUAAUUUUUAGCAUGCAGCCAGAAGCUUUGAUUAAAAGCAUAUAGUACAGUAUACAUUUUGACCUGGUUUUGAAUAAAUGUAUUUUUCGGUCACACUAAUGGACCACACUUUCAGAGAACCGGCCAUAUUGUAACAGCCAAAUAUGUACUAUUAUGAAGCUGUAUUAUAAGUUCAAAAGAAAACCUAUUUUGCUGGGUGAAAUUGGCAAGUUUCAAUCAUGAUUGAUUCAAAAGUGAUUUGAUUCAUCUACUUUUUACUUAUAAUAUAUGGUGAGACUAAAAAUAUGUUCCAAAUAUGUGAUAUUGAAAUAAAAGGUGUAAAGUUACUUCACUACAUAGUUUCAAAAUAUUUGUGUUUUAACAGUAAGUAAAGUGAAAGUACAAGGGAAACACAUUUUUUUGGUUCUGAAUAAUGACUUGUCUUUAUUUUCAUCUGAAAAAAAAAAAAAAAGAAAAAGCAAGAGGGAAUUAUUUACACCAUUUGGAACAUUUGUGAACAACCUUCGGGAACCUUUUGUUGAACACUUUCAGAAUGAUGGACAGAAAGUAACGGUGAGGGCUUUUCCUUCACAUCUCGUACCAGUGUAGCACUUUCCAACAUCAAAUGACCUUUAUCUUAUCUUAAGUCAGUUUUUCUAGACGCUACACACCAACACAGAGCUCCAGCCUGUCAUGAAAGCAUAAACAUUGCAUUGUAAAGCAAAAAGUUAAACUCCAGACGGCUUUUGAUUCGUUCCAAUUAUUUACAUGUAAUCAUCCUGCCACUAUGUACUCUUAUUAGUACUUCAUUAUACAGCAUGUUUUUGGCAUUCGGAUUCAUUGGAGGAGGCAAUAAAACAACAGAUUUCUUCAUAUUCCCUUUUUGAUUUUCUCUUUUCUUGUGUGUUUGUGCCAAAUACACAUAAGCAUCUGUUGGCAUGGAAUAGUUAACCUCGUACUCUGCAAUACAUAGACCGUGUCCUGACGUACCCUAAAUGAUUCACAAACUGGCCACAUUUUGAGUUCCAAUCAAGUUCUAUUUAUCUGCUGGAACUGACAAGAACAUGUCUGUAAGAGACAUCAGAAAGGCCUUAUGCAUAAAAAUGGUUUCUAAUUUAACAGUUUUUAACAUUUGGAAACAUUCAUUGCAUUGAUGCUUGAGAGCAAGCAAUGCUUUGCACCAUUCUAAAUGAACCUGAUCAUUUGUAGCAUAAUUUAAAGCAGUGGUAGGGAAAAUACAGCCAGUGCGGCCUGCUACUCAAUUAAAAAGAAAACAUCUGAGCCCACCCCAAAAAAAUGAUCAACAAAAUUAAAUCUAAUUCAUUUCAAAUUUGCACCGUCAACAAUUUGACCAAUCGGAACAAAUCAUAAUUUGUCAAUCUUACUCAAAUAAGUGCUAGUUAGAAGUAGAUAUCCACAUGUGGCUCCAGACCCAUUAAGGGUGAGUCACGGUACAGAAAAAUGUUUCGAGAUUAUGAGCAGCGCUCCAUAAGUUAUUUUGCCUAAUACGUGGGAUGUAAUACUCACACGACACAUUCAAUGUGCAUCUCAAAUCGGUGUAGGCCUUUCUGUGAGAAACGACAUCAUUUUGACAGGAGUGUGUCUUAUUACUUGGGGUGUGAAGGUACAUGUGUUUGCAUUCUGUACUCCUCUGUCCCCACGUAGAACUUAAUCACAAGGGCAGGACUUUACUAAAAA